AUGCGCUCCAAUGACAUCCCCAGAGAGAUCUGGCUGAACAUUCGCUCCUACUUCUUCCACCCAGGCUGCCAUAUCACGCUCAGCCAGGUCUGCGUCUCAUCUCGCGCGAUCUACGAUGACGACGAGACCUGGAAGCUGCUAUGUCGUGCUACCGGGUUCGGACGCGGGAAUCGGGAACAGCGACAACCGUGGCGGAAGAUCUUUAUCGAGGUGGUUUCGCACAGGGCAAAGUGCACGGUGUCGCAGUGCUGCAAUUUUGGCCUUCCCUCACUCAGGGAGAUAGGCGAUCUCCUCACGUCCCCUCAGGCGAUCGCGGACCAUUACAGCUACUUCGAGUAUCCCCAUCCUCUCUCGACCUGCCGUCAUCCCGAAACAUGCGGCCGAGACCACAGCGACGAGUCAUUCGACGGUCGAGUCCCUCCUUUGCCUGGCGUGGCCCCCGUGGAUGUGGAUGAAGCAGUCGGAGACUUUUUCCUCUUCAUCAGCGAGAAAUACCGGCGUCGAGCGGCGAAAGCUCGGACUCUUCCGUCACUUGACCUACUGCGUGCCGCAUGUGUGGCCCUGCCCCCAUCGGAUCCCACUCCCCUACCGGAUACAGGCUCGGAUUCGGGCUCGUCUACCGGCGGACUGGAAGAUAUGGAUCUCCUCACUGCUGCGCCCAUUGCCAAACCCCCGGAUGUCGCAUGCGCAGUCGGGACCCUCUUUCGCUCCAUCGCUAGGACAUACCCCAUGGUCGAGCCGACUACAAUCGCCUCUCCACCCUUUGACAGCGGUCCAUCACACUCUGCUCCCCCCUCGUCGGCAUCAGUCACGUCGGACUCGGAAUCGGAGCCAGGAUUGGGAUCAGACGAGGAGUCUGACCCAGACUGGGUCGAUCCUUGCGCUUUCCGCCGGAUCGAGCCGGCAUGUACCCCUCAUGCAGCACGUUUAGCGGCUUUGCAGCUCGCACCGCUGAGCUGGAGGAAUCGGAAAUACGUUCCGAAUCGGCCCAAUUGCCACGAUCAUCUCUUGCGUCUAGGCGGUAUGACGUUUAACUGGUUUCUCAGAGGCGAGAUGCAGACAUACUACCUGCCGGAGACGGAGAAUGAGUACGGGAUCGACUGGGAUGACAACCCUGCACGGAAACGGGACCAAUCCUCCUGUGACCGAUAUAUUGUCGUCCGGUACGGGUAUUGCAACAUACUGGAGACGAUUGCGUCCAGCGAAAGUUACACCUCAUUCCUCGCGUUGCUUACCUCGCCUCCACUACCGCUCGAGCCUUGCACGCCGGUCGCACUCCUUCAUACGUUCUGUCCCUCAUCUCGCGCAGUCACGCUCAGCAAGCAGCUCCUUAUCGACAUGCCGGAAGGCAUUGCGAUCCCCCUGGACAUAUGGAUAUCCAUCAGCGCUUACAUCGUUCAUUCCACCCAGCACAUCACGCUCAGUCAGAUUAGCCAAGCUUCCAGGUCUCUCUACAGCGGCGAAGAAAUAUGGGAGGAGCUGUGCCGCUCCAUAGGGAUCGGGCGAGGAUACCUGGAAAGAUCUCUGAGUUGGAGGAAGGUCUUCAUCGAGUCGGUGUCGCACAGAGCGAGGUGUCGGGCGCCGCAGUGCUACCAGUUCGGCGUGCCUCCUAUGAAAGCGGUCGGUGAUGUAUUACCCUACCCCGCCAAGGUGAUCGAGCACCGUGCAUACUUCCGGAAGCUGGAGCCUUGCACAUGCGGCGGAAAGCAUCCCCAGGACGAUAGCGAAGAUGAUAGCGAGGAUGAGCAAGACGACUCAGAAGAGGAGGGAAGCGAUGAAGAGGACUAUGAGGGGACCGACGAUGACUCGGAGGCGUUCGACGACGAAACUAUGGGCGAAUUCUUCAGCUUUCUCGGCCUACCGCCGCCUCCUCCUGGCUCCGGCCUUCCUCCGACCCAUUCCACCGUCCCACCGCCUCCCGCUCCUGCUCCGACGGCUCCAGCUGCGUCAUUCUCCAACAUUCUCGGCGAGGCGAUGAGCGCAUUCUUUCAACCGUACGUCGGCGGCCCCACACCAGCUUCGGACAAGCCUGCCGACCGUUCGCGCACACCACGCAACCCUCGGCUCCUCCCUCUCAGCUGGAAGAACCGCGCGCAUGUCCCUCAUUCACCGCUCCUCCACCCGUUCCUGGCGGAGACUGGCUCGGUGGAGUUCCAGCGGUUCUUGGAGGGCGAGAUGGCGCUGUACCCCAUCAAGUUGACGCUUGGUGAUGCGUUGACCUCGACGCACGCAGGGAUGGACUGGGAAAAGGCGGACGAGAGCGGAGAGAGGAGGGACCCGAACACGGAAGAGGUGGAGGAGCACCCUCUCCUCGCAAGGGCAUUUGCAACUAAUCCUCCUGUCGCGGAGAUGAUGGUGACAAUCGACUCGCUCUUCGGCAUGAAUGUUGCCAAUCAUGAUGGAGUAACAAUCAAAGACAUCAUAUACCGUCUGAACCGUCAUCUCCGUCAACUGAUGACGGAAGAGGAACGGCUCUUCGCCACCAUGGCUGGUCAGAUCGGCGCCGGAGGUCAAUAUCGCCUUGAUCAUGUCCUUCGUGGCGCGCCCAAUAUACCAUCUAGGGAAGGGAUCAGAGAUUGUUGGCUUCGAGGCGCCCUCGAAGUGACGGAGGAGGGAACAGUGAUCUACCAGCUGUGUACGAGGAACGCUACAUUCCCGUAG